AUGAUCAGCGUAUCUUAUCUGCUGGCUAAGCCAAGUAGAUUGAUUGUCCAAGCUGACAAUCAGCGAGGCUCAGCAGUGGUGGCGGUGCAGAGUUCUCGAUUUUAUACGAGGGCACCGGCAACCAAGCCGCCACUUCUACUUCCGCUUGCGCAUAAAGUGUUGUUGGGACACACAUCAGCCCAACACAUUUUCGCGACGAUGGAUUCCAAAGUCUUCCAACAUCAGCCACUCGAUAUCCGCACACGCGAGAUCAGACUUCUUACUGUUCUACCAACCGUCGACACCACCAUCAGAUGUCGUCUCAAGAUCUUCAGCCUGGACGAUCCCUCGAUACCUGAAUAUCGUGCCUUGUCAUAUACAUGGGGCCCCCCUCCCUCCGCAUCGGCCAUUCAAGUGAACGAUAAGUCGUUCCUUGUGCGACAGAAUCUAUACAACUUUUUGGAAACCUUCAGGGCCAGGCUAGUCAAGUUCGCUGGCAAUGGAUACUUUGAAGGGGAAACACAGUGGCUCUGGAUCGAUCAAAUAUGCAUAGACCAGAGUACAAUACGAGAGCGAAAUCAUCAAGUUGAGAUGAUGGCUGAUAUAUACCGACGAGCGUGCUACGUGUAUCUAUGGCUUGGUGCGUCGAGCGAAUCGACAGAGCGUGUAGUGCGCGCCAUGAAAGCCACUUUCCGGCUCUAUCACCACCAUACAACUCGAUCUCUCAUGAACCAGGAUGUCCGAUCUUCGCUAGAAAGCGCUGAACUACCACCUCUUUCGCAGAGAGAUCUGGUCACGUUUUUCCAGAACCCUUACUGGGAGAGACUUUGGAUUGUUCAGGAGGUGAUGCUGGCGCGCUAUAUCCGUAUCUUCUUCGGAGACAAAAUGGUAUCGUGGGAGGAGCUCAAACGAUUUUGCACCAUUGAUCAAAAUCUUCUCUUGACCGGGGCUUGCGUUCAGAUCCCUGAAAAGCUGCUUUGGCUAGCCUCGAAUGCCCAAACAGGCAAAACUUUCAGCUUUCCUGUUCUUUUUGAUAUCUUUGGCAGCAGCCUCUGCGCAGAUCCAAGUGAUAGAGCUUAUGCGCUGCUGGGCAUAGUUCAUCCCGAAGAAAAAAUCAGGGUUGAAUAUGGGAAGUCGGACGAAGACAUGUUUGCUGAUGCACUCAAAAUGAUUCUUCCUACCAGUACGCAAUCGCCCCGCAGUUAUUUCAAUGCUGUGAUAGACCAAGAUUACACGAUGCCAAAAAGUCAAAUUUAUACGAACGCCGCUCUUGCAAUGAUGGAUGAAGCAAGACAUGAGACUGGACUGCGUUAUAUGGAAGCUAUAAUCAUAUUGAGCUCGCAAAUGGAUAUCCAACUACCACACAUCGGCAAAAACGGCGACAUGAGAGAAGCGUACGCUACUCAUGCGAUAAUAUACGCUGAUGCCUAUGAUGCUGCAUCCGAAUGUACUGUUUCUGCAGAUUCCACUCAAAUCAUGGAGGGCGCCAGAUUGGAGGCUAGAUCGAACUACGCAAUAAUAGACAGCUUGAAAUAUCAAUCAAAUCGGUUAAGAGGCCGUUGGGAGAGACUUGGGCGGAGUACAUUCGAAGUAUACCACGGAGACGAAUCUGCUCGACCACGGGCCCAGGCAAGGAUGAAAACGUGUUGUGAGUUUUUAGAAGCGGGGUACAGGGAAAUCAUCGGAGUGACGAAAUGCUUCUUAGAUACUACCUCGAAACGGUACUUGGGAGAAGACAUCAUAGAUCUAGAAGGCAUAAGAGGUAGAUCCCACGAGAGUUUCUGGGAAAACAUGCAUGCCUUGGGCGAGAGGGCAGCCUGCUAG